AUGACUUUAACAGUACCUUUUAAGCAAGUUGAUGUAUUUACUAAGACGCCAUUUAAGGGCAACCCAGUGGCGGUAGUGAACUUCUUAGAAGUUGAUGAAAGUGAAGUCACUCAAGAAGAUUUACAGGCGAUUGCCAACUGGACAAACUUAUCAGAAACAACAUUUUUAUUUAAGCCCUCUGAUAACAAAUACGAUUACAAAUUGAGGAUUUUUUCCCCAAGAAGUGAAUUGCCAUUUGCUGGACAUCCAACCAUUGGUUCUUGUAAGGCUUUCCUUGAGUUCACCAAAAAUACCACUGCGACUUCUCUCGUUCAAGAAUGUGGAGUGGGCGCUGUUCCAUUAACAAUUAAUAAGGGAUUAAUCAGCUUUAAAGCUGUUAUAGCUGAUUACGAAAGUAUAUCGAGUGAGACAAUUGCUGACUACGAACAAGCGAUUGGGUUAAAAUUCAAAACACCUCCAGCUCUCUUACAUACUGGGCCAGAGUGGAUUGUGGGGCUAGUAGAAGAUGCAGAAACCUGCUUCAAUGCAAACCCAAAUUUUGCUUUGCUUGCACGCCAGACAAAACAGAAUAAUCAUGAGGGGAUUAUUUUAGCAGGCCUUAAAAAGACAGCCGUGAUCAAAAACUCUUACGAAAUGAGGGCAUUUGCUCCGGCAAUAAACGUCAAUGAAGACCCUGUUUGUGGUAGUGGCUCUGUAGCACUUGCAAGAUAUCUACAAGAACUUUAUAAGUUUGAGGAAACCACGGACAUUACCAUUUCUCAGGGCGGAAGAUUACAGAGGAAUGGUCAAAUCCUGGCUUCAAUUAAGAAAGAAGCUAACGAUAACACCUCAUACCACGUAGCAGGUCAUGCGGUUACCGUUAUUGACGGUAAGAUCACACUUUAA